AUGGCCCCCCAAAACUUCGAUUCCGUGCCAACCGUGACAAUCAUCGGCGCCGGACCUUGCGGAUGUGCCUUUGCAGCAGAUCUCGCUAGUCGUGGAAAAGAUGUCAUGCUGUAUGCUCAUCCUGACCACCGUGGUGGAACUACCAUGAUCGAAAAUAAUGAUGGGUGGCUCAAUGCAGAUGGCGAGAUCAGUGGCAGAUAUCAGAUCAAGACAACCAGUGAUCUAUAUCUCGCCAUUCGCCACUCUACUUUCCUUGUUACUACAGUCCCUUCAUACGGACAAGAUACUAUUUUGACUUUGUUGAGUCAGUUCGAUCUCCGGAAGCACACUCUGAUUAUCAACGUCGGCAACUUCUUCUAUCUCUCCGCUCGCCAAAAGGUCAAUGCCCAUGCGAUCCUUGAAACCGAUAUAUCCCCCUAUGCCGUUCGUAUCACGGGUGACACAGUCUUUGUCAAGGGAUGCAAGAAGAGUCUCUCCAUCUGGGUUGAGCCACCCACCACACAAGUCGAGAGGCUUGACCCCCAAUCUGAGCUCGGCCUCCGCCACCAGGUUGAGUCGAUCUUUUCCCUGAAGUUGAACUGGUGCACCAACCUCCUCGAGGUGGGACUUAACAAUGUCAACCCAGUUGUGCAUUGCCCUGCUGCACUUAUGAACGCGGGUUGGAUCGAAGCCACCAAAGGCGACUUUUUCUUCUAUGCUCAAGGAAUGUCCCCAUCGGUCUCCCGUGUGACGGAGAAGCUGGACCUGGAGCGUCUCGCCAUUGCCCACGCGUACGGUCUGCAAAUCACCCCCAUUACAGCAUAUAUGAACCAGAAUUAUAGCAACCCCCGACAAUACGCCGACUAUCAUGAUUUCGCAUCGGGAUCUGUCGUUCACAACAAGACCAAGAGUUCCCCGAGCUCCUUGAACCACCGCUAUCUGCUCGAGGACAUCCUAUACGGAUUGGUCCCAUGGUAUGAGCUUGGCACAAAGGUUGGUCUGACUUCGCCGACGAUCAGAGCUCUCAUUGAGAUGGCCCAAGUUGUCAGCGGGUUUGAUUACUUCGAAAACGGAAGGACCCUCAAUGCCGCAGGACUGGGUGAUGCCACUAAGGAUCAAGUGCUCAAUGCCUUGGGUGGUCCAGUGGAGAAGCCUCCCGUGCACACAAUUUCCGACUCUUCCGUUGACAAUAUGUUGGAAUCUCAUGCUCCACUACAGACGGCUCAAGUCGCUGCUUGA